UCCUUCGUAGCCUGACUAUUCCACACAGCAAACGUCCUGAUUUGGGGUAGGUCCUAUACUUAAAUAUAUAGCAACACACUGGGGAUUUUCAUUUGAUUUUAGAUACGAAUAUUUGAAGGUACGUUGGACCCAACUCAAAUUGCUUUGGACAUUCUCAGCAAUUUGCAGUCUGAACUACACUGGUGUCUGGAAGCCGCGUCUUCUCCAUUCAAAGAGAACCUCACGGAUAACGUUCACCAACCCCCACAGCCCAGCCAUGGUUCUGAUCGAGGACAACGAAUGUCCCGUGUGCUUCCUAGUCUACUCCCGGAUGGAGAGAAUCCCCCGGAUGCUUCACUGCCAUCACACCUUCUGCGUGCCCUGCCUCGAAGCCCUCACACGGCAUCAGGACUGCUUGCUGACGGUCUGCUGCCCGCUGUGUCGCUGGAUCACGUGCGCACCGACCAGUCUCACCUUGUCCGGGUCGCUGUGGGUCAACACCACCAUCUGGGACCAGCUGCCACAGAGAGGGAAGGAGGAUGAGGAGCUGUGUGAAUGGGCUGAAGUUGAAGAAGUAACGCAGAAUACUCCGUCUAAACGGAAAACUGGGUGGGGGACCAAGGUGUCUAGGUUCCUAAAGAAUUUGCAGGAUAAUCCACACCAUCUUUCGGGCUAGUAAUCUGAAGGUUGCCAGUUCGAUUCCCAGCCGUCCCAAAUGACGUUGUGUCCUUCGGCAAGGCACUUCACCCUACUUCCCUGUAUUUACUGUAUUUAAGUCGCUCUGGAUAAAAGCGUCUGCUAAAUGACUAAAUGUAAAUGAUCUUGCUUGAUCGACCCUGAGUUGAGUACUGUACUGAUUUGCAUAUUGGAAUUCAGCAAGUGACAGCACGCUGGAGGACACAUCCAGUCGAGCGGGCUGCAGGAAGGCUGAUGACUUGAUGACCUUACUUGAUGCAGCAUGAUGCAUUAUGUAACCUAGCCUAUAUAUAUGCAAAAUUUACAGUACAACAUUCCAUAAUGAAACUACUGAAACUGAACUGGGAUUAUCGCCUAUUACUGGCUCAAGUGGAUAGAGGUGUAUUUUGUAUAGUGUUAAUAUAGUGUUUUUUAAAAUUAUUGUUUUACAUUUAUUAAAUGUGUGUUUAAAUAGUGCAUGUUUAUGAGCACUCCAGAUUCAGACUGUGAAAAUGCAGUGUUCUGUGAAUACUGAUGAGGCAUAUUGGCCACUAAUCUGUUGUUCUCGUUCAAAUUACCAGCUAAAACGUCUAAAGUAACGCAUUUUUUAAACUACUUUUAUAUUUAUGAAUGUACAUACAUAUUUCCCUGUUGUACUCUGUAGUAUUUACAUUGUAUAAACAUUUAUAGGCUUC